AUGUAAACAUUCCGAAGAUGAAAUUUUGACCUCAUGGCCAGGGGUGAGGUCAUCGCAAAAGUACGAACAAAAUGGCGCUCUCAACUUUCUAGAAAGAUCAAGAAUGGAAGGAAAGAGAGAUUUCUUAGUCAAAUUGAAAUGAUAUUAGAGUUAUGGCGAAUGUGUUCGACAGACUAGUGAACAAAAAGAGUCAAGAUGGCAGUUGUGAUGUCGUCAGUAAUGUUAGGAAUUCACAGAAUGGUGAUGAUUUCGAAGGCUUGGCACAUGUUGAGCACUCUGCUGAGGAGGAGGCCAAGACUGACGUGUUGUUUAGUGCCUGCCAGAAGGGGACUUCCCCGCUACCGAAUUCACCAGUUAUUGGGCUUAACAACGAAGGGUCUUCGAUAAGCCUUUCAAAUAUUCGCUCCUCUUUGAAGGCAAUACCCACCUCGUCUAUUGAUAAUGAAGAAACAUCAGAAGCAACUAAAAUUAUAAUAAAUAUUAAGAAGAGUAAGUUUAAUAAGAAGACAAAUUCACCUGCUGAUCAGUCGAGAAAUGUGCCCAAUUUAUGUUCAACAAAACCAGAAAAUUCAGCUGAUGGUUUAAGCGAUGUAGAAGUGGUUUCAGUUAAAAAAAGAGCAAUUACAAACUCUAAUAGAUUAGAAAGUGUGAAGAAAAGACAGCCUUAUGCACCUUUGAAAAAACCGUUCGUUAUUCCACGUAAACUGAAGAACGAUAAGGAGAUAUUACAAGAAGUACAAUUGGAUUCCACAGAGUACUUAAGAGAGAUUCAUCCAAUAUUAUUACGCCAUCACAGAGAUAAGAUGUCCAAGUACAAGUUUUCUUAUGAAGCAGCUUACAUCGUAAACAAUGAGAAGCUUUUAAAUGAGUUCUUAGAAAAGAAAAAGGAAAUGAAAGAGGAGGGAAGAAAUGAGAAGGAAGUUGCAGAUAGCUAUGGAUUUUAUUACUGUGCCAACUUAACUACAGCCAAAGGUGUUUCCACUAAAGGUUUGUUUGUAAGAAGUGCAUUUGUAAACUGCCUGGGAUCUCAAAACAUGGGUGUGUAUGUGAGUCGUUACUCAGAUAUAAUUAGACCUGUGCUGUUUGUGCCAAACGCUCAUAAACAUUUCAUAGUUAUCUUCAGAACAAUGAAGGGCAAGGUGAAAUCAAUUCAAGAAAGCUAUUCGGAUAAUGUAUUGGAGCCGACCCCAAAUUAUGAUUGUCACAUCUCAAAGAAUGCAAAGCAGCAAGUAGGCUUUGAUGUCAAUCAGAUAUACUUUUAUGAGUAUGGUGAUGAGGAUAUGGUUGCUAGGCCAAGACAAGUGUGUCCGUUUGCAGUUGUCAAGUUCACCAUUAAAGAACACGAGAAUAGCUUAAAAAAAGUGAACUCAUCUUUCAAUGUCAAAGAAACUGUCCCGUCUGUAAGAUUUCCAAGCGCUUUGUCUGAUAAUUCAGAGGUCAAGGGGCAAAUAGUGACAAAAGAAACUGCAUUAGCUACUGAGGGAGCCACCCCCUCUAAAGAGCCAGAUGAUGUCACCAGUCUUGGCUAUAAAAUAUGGAAAGGCAAGUUGACCAACAGAAAGUGUCCUAUUUGUACCAUUGAACUUGUAUCCAUGAAAUCACCAGUCACUCCACUCAAGUUGCCUAACUACUUAGAUUUGACUAUGAAAAUGCCAAUUAAAAGGCUCAAACACAGGUUGACUGAGAAAAUAUUCAACAUCUCAACACAACCUCUGAACUUAGAAGAAGUGUUUGUGAAUGGCCGAUACUACAUAAGCUGUGUCUGCAGAGUAGGUUAUGAUGACAAGGCAAGGAUCGCACACCUAGUAGCUUACCUUCAAAAACGCAAAAUUGCUACCAUUGUAAAACUGCAAGAGAAUAGAGAGCUGUUCUUUUAUACUUCGGACAAAGAGCCAACAUGCAGUAAUCUGUACUGCCUCUUCUCAUCUAAGGCACCAAUGCUCAGCCCAUUGAAAGAUUGCGGAAUUAAGUUUGACAUGUGCGAGUCUGACCCUGUACCCCAUGCUAGAAAGGCACCGGAUGCCAAACCCUGCCUGUUUAAAAUCUUCAGAGACCAAUGUAAACACAUCGAAGAGGUGAGGGCAAAGAAGGAAAAAUUGAAGAAGCUAUUGGAUCAGAUUCACACACCUUCUGCUGAAAUGCAUGGAAGGCCAGUACCACCACCACCACCAACCAAGACAGCAAUCAGUAAAAGAGAUCCAAGACUGUCAAAAUCUUCAUCUCCAUCCGAACCGCCUACGAGUAGCACCUCCCAGGCAGAUUCUGUCUUUCGCAUUUCCCCAGGGAAUUCAAUUGAUUCGUCACCGUCCAUGUCACCUGUGGUUCCAGUCCCGGCAUCUUGCACUCCCCCUUCCAUCGACACCUCUGAGUAUGGUACAUUUGGAAGCGGUUGGGCAGACAUGUCCUACAUAUACAUCCCAUUUAAAAUGUGGAAUGGACAACAAAUGAAAGAUUACUAUUCCUGUUAUGCUGUGCCAUAUUUGGUGCGGUAUUUUGGCUUGGUAGACUCAACAGCUAAGAAUCUCUCUAGGGAAAAAGCACCAAAACGUGACACUGGUAAAAAUGCAAAUGAAAGGAUUCAAGAACUACAAGAACAGCUGAAUGCAUUGCGGAAAGCCAGAGAAGAGUUAGAAUAUUCAAACCAUCAACUAUUACAACCAGUGCAGGUUAAUCCACAGAUGGUUGUAGAGCAACAACAGGAAUGCCAGGAACAAAGACCCGUAUCUCAUUUGGUGACAUCACAGCAACCUAAUAAUGAAACUAUACAGAGUGAAGGAAUUCCUCCUACAACACCAGUGAAGCCUAGCCAAUCUGCACAUGAUGAUGACUUGAUGUCGCCAGCAAGUCCAGAACCAACACUUGCAAAUAUUGGGUUUUUAGCUAUUAAUGCAUCAAAUACACCAGCACUGGAUAGAAACAUAUUGGAAAAAGUAAAGCUUCCAGAAACUGUCUUUACAAAGUUAAAAGAAAUAAGAAAUGUCGAAUGCCCUCCUCUAGCCCCAAAUGGUAGCCAGUCAUCUUGUUAUGGUGAUCAUCCUGUUGAUGCUGCUUUUGGUGCUUUUGAUGACUUAAGUGUAGUUGGUACUGGUGCUGUCGUCAAUGAUUGUUUUACCACCGAAGGUGCUGUCAGUAAAAGUAUUCUAAAUGAUACUUCUAGUGGUUUUGAUGACUUUGGUGCUGCCAACAAUUAUUUUACUACUUCUGGUACUGUCAAUCAUAGUGAUACAGUUACUGUAUCAUAUUCUAUCAAUGAAGAGUUCACAAAUUUUCCAACACAAUCAUCAUCAACUUUACAGAAAGAUUUUACCAAUAGUUCAAAUGAUUCCUCAUUUAUCAAGUCUAAGACUGGCUACAGUGAGACUUUUAUGGAAUUUAUAUCACAGCAAACUAAAGAUGAUGCCUUACCGAGUGAGAGAAGUUCAUUAACUACAACUCCUACUUGUCAAUCAUUUCCUUCAUUUUCAAAUCAAGACUGUUUGAAACCUUCUUCAGCUUCACAUUCAGCAGGUACUUGUGCUUCAGAAGAUCUUCAAACUAAAUUUAGUGCUGCAGAUUCCUCUUUCUGUGAAAAUACUGUUUUAGAUGUACUGUCAAAUGAGCUUGCUAUGUCAACAUCUACCAGUGAAAGGAUAUUGCCAAAGCCUGAGUGCAUUCCUGAUGAAUCCUUAAAUACCAUUUCUGCUACAGCGUCUGAAUUUAAUAAUAAUGAUUUUGAAAACUUGGUUUCUUUACCACACCUGAUUGUCUCAUAUCCCCUUUCAAAACUAGAUGAAGUUGACAACACAGUUACAGAUAAUUUAGAAGGAUCGUUGAAUGAUAAGAAAAGAAGCCGAAAUACCACAAGAGAUCCAGAGCUUUCAAGUAAAAAGAUUAAAACAUGUGUAAAUGUGGAUAAUAGAGAUGAAGGUAAGUUGGAGACUGCUUUUAGAAAGAAAAGUUACAAAAAAGACACUAAAGGUGGAAAGCCAUCAUAUUGUAAAAGAAAAAGAAACUUGUCUGAAAAUGAUGUUCAGAAACAAGGUUCAAGCCAAAAGAUUAAAAAUUGUGAAUACACACGAUCAAGGUCAUUGAUGAAAGAUGAAGUAAAUCAUGUACAGAAAGACAACACAGGAAUGAAGUCAAAAGAACUCUUGGAAAGCUCAAAAGAUUUGGUGACGUCUAGAGAAGUACCAGGAAUAGCAAUUCAGAGUAGUGAUAGUGAACCUAUUUCUGCAGCUUCAGAUAUGAAGGCAUACCUAGACACUGCCACAAAGCUUCCAAGUGCCCGUCGGUGUGAAAUGGAGCAAAUGAAAGAGUUUCUUAAUUUACACAUUAGAAAUAAAUCUGGAGAAAGCAAGAAAUCUAAAUUCAAAUCGGCCGUUCUUUCAAAUUCAGAAAAACCACCAGGAAAUAAUGAUAAAAAAUUACAAAGAAGUUCCAGUCCAGAUCGUAGCUACAGUUCUAAAAAACGUAGGCAUCACUCAGCAAUUGAUGUAAAAGUAUCCACAUGCAGCGACGUCAACUUGAAGGUCAAUAGAACUACUGAUGAAUGCAGUAAGACAGAAGCUGAUACAUCAUUAAGAGUCAAUAGUCAUGUUGUGCGAAAGGACAUAAUAUGUCAAAAGAAAAUAGGACCUGAUGAAGUUUGGAAAAAUAAAAAAUUUCCUGCUGGUAAGAAAGCCUGCCAAAACCUGAAUGUACCGAAGAGAGACGCUGCAGACAAUUAUGAAGAACUCUGGCAAAACAGUACCGACAUCCAUGGUGAACAGUUAAGGAAUACAGGACCAACAGAACUGAGUCAUCUGUCUGAUCAGAAGAGUUCAGGUUGGGAAAAUGAUGCUGACGAAGAAAAAUGUAAACAAGUGGCAGAAAUGCAGAAAGGAAACAACAAAAAACCAGUUUCACAGAGAAGUUCCAGUCCAGAUCGCUGGAGUUCUAAAAAACGUAGGCAUCAUUCAGCAACCAUUGAAAGGGAAACUACAAGCAAAAGCAUUAGCAAGGGAGACAGAACUAUUGAUAAAUUCAGCAAAACAGAAUUUGAUAGAAUUAAGAGAAGCAAAAGUAAUGUGGAAUAUGAGGGGAAAAUUAGUGAAAUAAAAACAAGACCUGCCAGUAAGGAACCAUGCUAUAACGUCAAUGUUAUGAAAAAAGACAUUUCAGAGAAUCAUCACACCUCAAGUGAAAGUCAAGAACCUCGACAAAACAGUACACACCUCCAGGAUGAACAAUUUGUAAAUGAUAAUUCAACAAAACUGAAUCAUCAAUCUGUUCAUAAGAGGUCAUGUUCGGAAGAAGAUCAUGAAGAAAACUCUAAACUUGAAAAGCAGAUCCAACGAAAUAACAGAAGACCAAGUAUUAAGGAAUGGAAAAGAAGGUCUUCUUCAGAAACCAGUAGCAAUUACCAGCAAAAGGUUCACAAGCACAAAUUUAUUCCUACAAUUAAAGACAACACAAAGUCCAAUUCUAAAGAGAAAGGAAACAGGAAACAAAGAGAUAGUAUGUCCGGAAGUGAGUCUGGUGAAGACAAAAAUAUGCUACAUUUUUGCAGUAAGCUCUACAAUCUGAAGAACCCCCGACACAGACAUGACAGCAGUAAUGCAGGAUCCAGCAGCAGCGAUAGCGAAAGCAUGAAGAAAGUACUUAAGACAUUGCAUCGAGUCAGGCAGAAUGUGACGGUAAAGCGCAAGGGAAAAGAUGAUCUCACUGUGAAUGUUACAUGUGGAAAAGAUCGUACCAACUGGUGGGAAGGAGCUGCUUCUAAGGAGGAAGAACUAACCAAAUGUGUCCUCCACAGUAUUCAUAAAGACAGGAAUAGCAAUCCAAAGUCACUUGAUCUGUCACACAGUCUAAUUCAAGGCAUACUUGCCUCUGUUCAUCAUAAAAAAUAUUUGUCAACACGCAACAAGGUCAACACUAGGAAGAAGGUUGUGGAAGUUUGUUCAUCAGCAGAGAGUCCAGCACAAAAGAAGACUUUCUCAGAGACAGAAGAUGACUUGCUGUUUGAGGAUGAAGAGAUAAUUGGAAAUAAAAGAACAUUUGAAACCGGUUCAUUCAGAGAAAAAUGUAAACAAUUAUACAAAUUAUAUAGCUAUGAAUUUCCCUCAGUGCCACUGGGUACCAAUAAAAAAAGUACUCAAACUACAACCCACAAUGAAGUGAAAUUUGACCCUAAAAACAUGAAUAUUGCAGUCAAAACUACUGAUGCUACUAAAAAGGAUGUUUUGUUGUCUGACGAUUAUGGUAAAACAUGGUUUUCAAAACAGAAUGAUUCUGGUGAUAAAGAUUCUUGCAGACCAUCUAGCAACAAACAGGAAAAGACUGAUUCCAAGGGAUUUAGUUCUGAAAGAAAAGUAAGUGUUGUGAAGGAUUCGGACAGUUUAUCAAAGUCAUCAUGCUUUCCACAAAAGUCAAAACCCAUCAAACUAAACUUGACAAAAUCAAGUUCAAUAUUUGGAAGCAAAGAAAAACCUACACACAUAAAUAUGCCAGAAGUGAAGGUUUCCAAUAGGAAGGUUGAGGUAGUUCCUGAAGGAGCACCAAUUCCUGUUAUUGGUGCCCCACCUAUUAAUCCGGAAUGUGCUAGCUCAAGAUCUGAGGGCAAACAGAUAGAGAGUCGUAUCUCAAACCGCUUUCAUCCCUUCAGUCGGUCAAAGGAAGUCUCACCAGCAAACAUCCACAACUUGACGGUUCCAGAAAUACAAGUUCUACCAGCUGAUACUUCGCUUCCUAAUGACCAACAGGAAGCACGUCUUGACACUUGCACUGGAAAGCUCAAUCCGGAAGGGUUUAAAACACCACUACAAGGUGUAUGUAAAAUCAACAAGCAACCAACAUUUGUAGAUGUUGAGAGUAAAGGCACUCUUGAUGAAUCUGGAAAACAGAAAAUUGAUGCUUUGAAGGUACUAAGUGAUCUUGACCGAACUCAGUCAUCAGUGAGUGAAGAGAUGAAUCAAGCUAUUGGGAAGCUUAAUACAGCAGGAUGCAUUCAGCAGGUUACCACAGCUGUGUCUGGCUUGACCAAUAACAACAGCUCCAUCUCUCAAAGUCAUCGCGACCCAUGUAACCUUCAGGAUACCAGUAACAAGAAAAAUGAUGAAGCGUCUGUCACAGGUCGUGUACAAGAACAUGUGAGUGCCUGUGCACACGAGCACAAAACAUGCACAACAUUUUAUUCAACGACAAAUUUACAGUGUGUUGAACCACAAACAAGUUUUUUCAGUAAUGUAGAGGGCAGGCUAGAACAGCGAAUGAAAGUCACAAUAAGUAACAGAGAGGAGAAAGAAUGUAAAGGCAAACUGAGUUUACUAAGUACUGGAGAAAGGUGUAUUGUUAUGUUGCAAGAUCAUGACAAGUUCGAACUUGAGCGAUGUGUAAAAAUGUAUAGUAUUCACCCCAAUGAGAAAAGGGAAGUAGUUAUUAGUUUGCAGAAAAACUGCUGUAAGAAUGAUCACAAAGAAAUAGAUUUAGAUAAUGACAAUCAACUUCAUACAAAAAGGAAAGAAGCAACUUCAGAACUCUGUAGUAUUAAGAAUGAUAUAAAAAAUGUACGUAAAAAUAGUGAGGUUCAAAAUGAUGUAAAAAUAGUAGCAAAUUCACAGGUUGGUUGCAGUAAGCACAAUCACAAAACAGAUAUAAAUAAAAUCCAACUUAGUGAGAAAAAGAGAAAAGUAAAAUCAGUAAUUAGUUGUUGUAAUAAUGAUAACAAUUGUAAAGACAGAAUUAAUGAAGGCAUUCAGUUGCGUCCAAGAAAGAGAGCAACUUUAAAUGUCAGUUGCAGUAAGAAAGGUCACAAAAGAACAGUUGUCGGAAUUCAAAUCAAAGAGGAAAAGAAGGAAGCAAACUCUGACAUGAGUUGCAGUAAUAAAGAUCACAAAAGUAAAGGAAAUAAUAACAGUAACCUUCAAAACAAAGAAGUAAAGAAACAAGUAAAUUCAGUUGUAAGUAAGGUCAGUUGCUCAAAGGAUGAUUGCAGUAAGAAAGGUCAAAAAAGAAAAGAUGAAACAGUUGACGGAAUUCAAAUCAAAGAGGAAAAGAAGGAAGCAAAUACUGAAAUGAGUUGCAGUAAUAAAGAUCACAAACGAAAAGGAAAUAAUAACAAUAACCUUCAAAACAAAGAAGUAAAGAAAAAAGUAAAUUCAGUUGUAAGUAAGGUCAGUUGCUCAAAGGAUGAUUUGAAAAAAAGGAAUAGAAAUGACAAAAUGAAAUGCGAAUUUGGUGCGAAAGAGAAGGAAGCGAUUUCUAAUGUCAGUAGUAGUAAAAAUGAUCACAAAAGAAAUGAUAAAAACAGCGGCAUUCAACUCGGUGAAAAACAGAAAAAAUUAACUUCAGAGAAUAGUUGCAGUAAGAAGGACCACAAAAUAAAAGAUAAAAACAAUGAGAAGCAAAUCAAUGCAAAAAAGAAAGAAGCAAGUUCAAAGGUCAGUUGCAGUAUCAAUGAUAACGAAAGUAAAGAUAAUAAAAUUCAAAUGAAUGCGAAAAAGAAGAGAGCGAAUGCAGAGAUUAGUUGCAAUAAGGAUGAUCACAAAAAACAGGAUGGAAGUAGUGAAAAGAUUCAAAUGAAUGAAAGAAAAAAAGACAAUUUGCCGAGGAGAGGCAGUAAGAAUGAUCACACAAUAAAAGACAAAGAUAGGGAUAAAAUUCAAUUCAACAAGAUAAAGGAUGAUUCAAACUUGCAAACAGCUGACAAGAAGAAUGGCCAGAAAAAGAGAGAAAGCAGACAUGAUAAAAACUAUUCUGAUUCUGGUAAAAAUUAUCACGAUAAAAAAAGUCGUAGUGAUAGUAGGAGUCAGAAUGCCAGUAGAAAUUACGAUUAUAAACGUAAAUUUUUUAAAAGUAGAAUGCGUUACGGUAGUUAUAAAAUUGAUCGUACUAUAUCACUCAGAAGUAAGACGUUCCUGAAGAAUCAAAAACGCACAAAUCCUAGAAACCAGCAAUUUAUGCCAAUACGCAGGAACCAGAGACAUAUGGGAGGGAAUUUUAGCAACCAGCAGUGCAUGCCAAUCCAUAACAACCAGCAACAGAUGGGAGGAAAUCCCUCCAAUCCUCAGUGCUUCCCAAACCAUUGCAACCGGCAACAUGUGGGAGGAAAUCCUAGCGAUCCUCAGUGUUUCAAUAGCAACUGGCAACGGAUGGAAAAUUCUAUAAACCAGCAAUGCAUGCCAGUACAAGACAACCAACAACAUAUGGGAGGGACUCAUAACAAUCAGCAAUGCAUGCCAGUGCAUAGCAACCAUCCACAUAUGCAAGAAACACCCAGCAACCAGCACUGUAUGCCAAUCCAUAGCAACCAACAACAGACGGAGAAUUCUAGAAACCAGCAAUGCAUGUCAGUACAUGGCAACCAACAGCAUAUGGGAGAGACCCAUAACAACCAGCAAUGCUUGUCAGUGCAUAACAACCAUCCACAUAUGCAAGGAACACCCAGCAACCAGCAGUGUAUGCCAAUCCAUAGCAACCAACAACAGACGGAGAAUUCUAGAAACCAGCAAUGCAUGUCAGUACAUGGCAACCAACAGCAUAUGGGAGAGACCCAUAACAACCAGCAAUGCUUGUCAGUGCAUAACAACCAUCCACAUAUGCAAGGAACACCCAGCAACCAGCAGUGUAUGCCAAUCCAUAGCAACCGGCAACAGAUGGAAAAUUCCAGAAACCAACAAAACAUGCCAGUACAUGGUAACCAACAGCAUAUUGGAGAGACUCAUAACAACCAUAGUCACCAUCCACAUAUGCAAGGAACACCCAGCAACCAGCAGUGUAUGCAAAUCCAUAGCAACCAGCAGCAGAUGGAAAAUUCCAGAAACCAGCAAUGCAUGCCAGUACAUGGCAACCAACAACAUGUGGGAGGUGCAGCUCAUAACCAGCAGUGCAUACCAGUGCAUAGCAACCAUUCACGUAUGCAAGAAAUGCCCAGCAACCAGCAGUGUAUGCCAAUCCAUAGCAACCGGCAACAGAUGGAAAAUUCCAGAAACCAACAACACAUGCCAGUACAUGGAAACCAACAGCAUAUGGGAGGGGCUCAUGACAACCAGCAGCGCAUACCAUUGCAUAGCAACCAUUCACAUAUGCAAGAAAUGCCCAGCAACCAGCAGUGUAUGUCAAUCCAUAGCAACCGGCAACAGAUGGAAAAUUCCAGAAACCAACAACACAUGCCAGUACAUGGCAACCAACAACAUAUGGGAGGGGCUCAUGACAACCAGCAGCGCAUACCAUUGCAUAGCAACCAUCCACAUAUGCAUGAAUUGCCCAGCAACCAGCAGUGUAUGUCAAUCCAUAGCAACCAGCAGCAAAUGGAAAAUUCCAGAAACCAGCAAUGCAUGCCAGUACAUGGCAACCAACAGCAUAUGGGAGGGGCUCAUAGCAACCAGCAGCGCAUACCAUUACAUAGCAACCAUCCACAUAUGCAAGAAUCUCCCAGCAACCAGCAGUGUAUGCCAAUCCAUGGCAACCAGCAACAUAUGAAUACUCCUAGGGACCGGCAGUUUAUUUCGGAAAGAAUUAACAACCAACAUAUGGGAAUGCAUAACCAACAGUGCAUGCCUGUAGAUCGAAACCAACAAACAUUUGAAAUCAUGAGAAACCAACAAAGAAAUGAAAUAGUUAAUCAACCAUAUAUGCCUGGCAUCCAUCAAAAUAAUGAUAUGCAUUUCAGCAAUCAACAUGGUGGAAUACCUAGCAACCAGCAAAAUAUUGGAAUGCUUAGCAACAGUCAUGGUGGAAGGCAAAACAAUCAAGAAGCUACGCAGCACAGGCAACACAAUAUUGCAUUGCAUAGCAGCGGUAAACAGGAUAGAAUGGUUAGCAACCAGCAGAAUAUGCUACAUGAUCAAUAUAAUGUGGUGCAACAUAGCAACAGCCGCAAUGUAGGAGUUCCUAACAACCCACAAAUUAUGCAAGACAGACAACAAUAUAUCGGGAUGCAUAGCAACAAUGAAAAUUACAGAAUGUUUGGAAACCCGCAAAGUAUAAAAAAUAUAGAGCUUCAUCAAAUGGAGAUACAUAGGAACCGUCAACAGAACGAAAUGCAUUUAAUGCUUAGCAACCAGCAACAUUUGCAAUGCGGUCAACACAAUAUGGGGUUGAAUAGCAACAAUCAAAAUAACAGGAUGGUUAAUAAUGAACAGAAUAUUCAAAUUGGUCAGCAUACUAUGGGAAUGCAUGGCGACAAUCAAUGUGGUGAAAUGCUUGGUAACCAGCACUACAUGCAAUGCAACCAACAUGGUAUGGCAAUGCAUAGCAACAGCCAAAAUGACAGAAUGAGCCACCAGCAAAAUGUACAAUGCAACCAACAGGAUAUGGAGAUAAUUAGAAACAUUCAAGAAGCCAGAAUGCUUACCAACCAGCAGAAUAUGCAAUGCGUUCAACACUUGAUGCUGAAUGGCAACAUUCAAAAUGGCAGAAUGCUUAGCAACCAACAACAAUUUGGAAUGCAUAGCAACCAACAACAGAUGGAAAUGUUUAACUAACAAUUUAGGAGGCAUAAUGACCAUUGCCAUAUUUAAGUGUGAAUAAACCAGCAACCAGCAGAAUAAUCAGUGCAAUCAACAUUUGAGGUGAAUGGCAACAAUCAAAAUGGUAGAAUGCUUAGCAACCAACAGCAAUUCAGGGUACAUAGCAACCAACAACAGAUAGAAAUGUUUAACAAUCAGCAAUUCAGGAGGCAUAAUGUGAAUAAACCAACAAUCCAUGUUCGUAAAGUUUA